AUGCAGCUGUGCUGUGACUCCCUAAACAGCUCUUGCGUAAGGAACAGCUGGUCAAACAGUAUCCGUGUUUCUGUGUAUAUCUUCAUGGCUUGCAUUAUUCUGGCCACAGUGGUUGGUAACUUGACAGUUAUCGUCUCAAUAUCACAUUUCAAGCAGCUCCAUACACCUACCAAUUUCCUGAUACUUUCUAUGGCUACAGUAGACUUUUUGCUGGGAUUCCUCAUCAUGCCUUGCAGCAUGGUGCGCUCUGUUGAGAACUGCUGGUACUUUGGGGAGCUGUUCUGCAAGAUCCACACAAGCACGGACAUUAUGUUGAGCACUGCGUCCAUCUUCCAUCUUUCCUUCAUAUCCAUCGACCGUUACUAUGCUGUGUGUGACCCUCUAAGAUACCAAUCAAAGAUAAAUAAUGGUGUUAUCCUGGUCAUGAUAUUUGUAAGUUGGAUGAUUCCUGCUGCUUUUGCUUUUGGGAUGAUCUUUCUAGACCUAAACUUGCGAGGGGCAGAAGAGAUUUAUAAUCAUGUACAUUGUGCAGGAGGAUGCUUUGUCAUAUUUAGUGAAACUUCAGGUGUUGUGGCCUCCACAGUGUCUUUUUACAUCCCUGGAUUUGUUAUGUUGUACAUCUAUAGGAAAAUAUACUGUAUAGCCAAGAGGCAGGCAAGAUCCAUCGAUGCAAUUAGCCAAAAAAAGAUGCAAUUUGAAAUGAAGCAACAUAUUUCAUUCUGCAGAGAAAGGAAAGCUGCCAAGACAUUAGGCAUAAUAAUAGGAGUGUUUCUCAUUUGCUGGAGUCCAUUCUUCUUCUUCACAGCAACCAAUCCAUUUAUGAAUUAUGUCAUACCUCCUAUUAUCAUUGAUGCUUUGGUCUGGUUUGGUUAUUUAAAUUCUACAUUUAACCCAAUUGUUUAUGCAUUUUUUUACAUGUGGCAUAGCCUAAAUUUCAUGAACUUCUAUGAUGAAAUGACAGGCCUCAUAGACGAGGGGAGAGCAGUGGUUAUUGUCUGCCUAGACUUCAGUAGGGCUUUUGACACUGUCUCCCAUAAGAUCUUCAUAGUGAAGGUAAUGAAGUAUAGGCUGGAUGAGCAGAUAGUUAAGUGGUUUGAAAGCUGGAUGAAUGGCCAGACCCAGAGGGUUGCAAUCAUUGGCACAAAGUCUAGUUGA